GUCUUUGGCAAACCAGAGUAUUUGAAGUACCAGGAGGCUCUGAACGAGCUGGCAAACCUGACCAAGGCCCGUGGGGGCAGCAGCCAGCGGCAGCACCAGUCGGCGGCGAAGGACCUCACCCUGUCCCCUGAAGUCUCCAAUCCUGCCACCAUCCAGGUCACCUACCUGCCUUCCAGCCAGAAGAGCAAACGUGCCAAACACUUCCUGGAGCUGAAGAGCUUCAAGGACAACUACAACACGCUGGAGAGCACCCUGUGA